GGCAGCUCCGUCGACUCGAGUCGUUCGCCAACGCGACCGGGUUCGGAUCAUUUAUAAAUAGUUGAAGUUCUCGCACCGCCACGGAAAAUCAUCGCGGAACGCAGGUCGCGGUGAGAGUAGCUCGAGAUGCUGCACAACUAUCGCCGGCCGGUCUUCGGUCUCCGGGUUACCUCCGACACCGUUCGACGUGCGAGGGAAGAAUGACAUUUUCAGGGUCAUUCACGUCAUAGACCAUGUGUUCUAUUCGGAAGAUGUGCUUCCUUUAGGCGAGCGAGGGAAGACCCGAUUUGUCGGAGUAUCGAAAUUUCGGAAGAAUCUCUUUUCCAUGAAAUAACGAGCGCUUCCAGAAGGCGUAGUAGCAUGGAUCUCAUGAACUUGACUCUCGGUUCUCUCAAAUUGGGAGACGUGAAACCAUCGAGGGAGAACUUCUUGCAAGUCGAGCGUGACAGUGUCACAGAGAGAAACGAUACCAUUGGAGAGCGAAGAUGCAGGCUGAAGGAAAAGUCGCGCGAUGAGCUCCGGAUAAUCAAUUUGGCCGAGGUUGGCUGGCACGACACUCCUGACGACUGCUGGCUCGUGAUCUACGAUUACGUAUACGAUUGUACGGAAUUCUUGAACGGUCAUCCAGGCGGCCAGGAUAUUCUCCUAGAAUAUGCCGGACGAGAUGCGACGUUGGCGUUCAUUUCAACUGGUCACUCCGCCGUCGCUAAUGCAACCUUAGAAAGAUACAAAAUUGGUGAGCUUCCACCGAAAGAAAGACUUUUCCGCACUUCCAACGGUCUGAAGAUCUCGGGAUUUUAAUCUGUUCAGAUCAUCAAAGAUCGUCGUCAUCAUCAUCGUGACGCACAUCGAAAAAUAUCAAAUUUUAUAUGAAAAAUAGAAA